GUCAUAUCAGACAAGUGUAAUUUUCAAAACGGGGAUGGAUGAACAUCGAGGUGCAGUCUAAAGAUGUGACAAUGUUGCUCAAGGUGAAGUACCAGCAUACCAAGAAGUACAUCCAAUUAGAGUCAGGGUUCACAUAUUUGGAUUUCAUUGCUCAAGUCAAACGCAAGUUUGGACUUCCUGCUGCUACCGAACUUGAUGCUUUUGAUGAAACUAACACAGUAGUUGAGGAAGACAUCUUUUCUGAACUGAUAGAGACCAGUCCAGAUUUAUGCCUGAAAGUACGUGACAGAAUUCCUAAUGCAGACCAGACGGAGGAGGGUGCAGCUGACACCGAGAGUGAUCCUCAUGAUGUUCAACACUCAGAUAAAAACACAGAACAGGGGAUGGAAACCAAGUCCUCAUCAACUGCAAACAGUGACAAAGUCAUGCCUCCACUCACACUCGUGUUGAUCGGUGACACAAAGACGAUCAAGAUCGGACCAAGAAACCUCUUACUUGACCGUGACGAACAAACAAAUGUGGAACAGUUUUCAUCCAGACUGUACGACUUGUGUGGUCGACGUGUGUCUGUCAUCAACAUGCUUGGUCUUCGCAGUGUUGAUAAAAUCCCUUCAAUUCAAACAGUUCAUGCCUUCAUCUUGCUGUUACCGAAAGCCCUGCACAGACCCCAUUACAGUCUAGGAAUGCAGUGGUUAGAAAACGCUUUUGGGAAACAACACACAGCUAAUGUAAUCACAGUUGUGACUCAUCAGUCUGAUGAAAAGUGUGAACUUGCCCUUACUGACCUGAAAGUUGAUGACAGUUUUUCUGAAAAGAGAUUCCACACAUGUACAAGAACCAUGAUGGAUGAAAAAGAGAUAAUGGAGCUUUUGAAAAAAAUAGAUGUCAUGGUCUCUGAAAACAACCCACCGUACUACAGUAGACACAUGUCUGAGGAAACUGGAGACCAGAAGGAACAACUCGACCAUAAAUCCCUCAAAGAAGAAGCCAGGAGAGAUCAUCCUGCAGAUGGAAAGAUGGAGGCUGCAGCUGAAACCAAGAUAAGACUGAAGGAACGUGGUGAUGCUGAACACUCGGAGAAGAAGUCUGAGAUCAAGUCUGGUCCGUGGGAAACAAAGGAGAAAGGUACCUUGGAUGUGGGUCUGUGUGGAAAUGAGAAGAAGCAAUCAACAGACAUUUCUGGAGAAAACAAAAAGACGCAGAGAAAAGACUUUGAAGAAGUACUCAGCAGACUUCACCUUCUGGACAGAUAUCAACACAAGUUUUCACCAGCAGAUCUUGCUAAAAUAUGUCCAUCUGUGAAACAGAGCAAUGACACAUCUGAGAAAGAUCUGGCCCAAACUUUCCUUCAGAAGUUGAUGAUGUUAGAUUACAGAGCCAGAUACAUCCCUGUACGGAAAGACAGUUCUGAGGUGAACCAGUCCCAGUCUGUUCAGGUUUCUGACAGUGAUGACACAGAUGACAGUAACUUAGAUGCUAUUUUUAGCACCGUUGUCAGAGAUAAGUCAGAGCAGUCUCAUAUUCAUCCAAUGGAUGUUCAGAUGGCAGUAUUUCACUGUUCAGACAGCUUCCUUAAGCAGAACAUGAUCACAAAGUUGUCUCAGUGCCAGUACGCUCUACCUUUCCUUGUUCCUGACCCUGCUGAACCAGAUAUUGAGUGUCCUCUGUGGGCCUUCAGACAAAUAAAUAAAACAUGGAAGAUCAGAGAUGAUUCAAACACUGUCAUCAUGAAGAGCAUGCCAAUCUGCAAAGCCAACACUCCCAUGGUGACAUUUCUCCGUCUGGGUUCAUUGUCUCAGUCUAAAUCUCAGCUUAUGAACACGCUGAUCAAUGAAGGUCACAACACGUUCUUCCAUCGAAACUGUCCAGGCAGCACCAAAACUCGUCAUCUGAUGGACGGUGUAGCAGAGAUUGCUUGGUACUGUCCUGCUGGAAAACCGGAUGAUUCCUUCACAGACUGCAUUGCUUUCUGUAAUCUUCAUGGAGAUUCUCUAUCGAUUGACAAACAACGUGAAAUACUGAUCCAAAUGUCUUCAGUUAUUGUUGUUCUUGUGCCAACUCUGAAAAAAAACGAAAUUAGUGCAGUCAUAUUGACCCUUUCCAAGUCUGAAAAACCUCUUGUUGUCCUUGUUGCUGAUGAUGACUUUAAUGCAACUCAGAUGAAACCACAAAAAUACAAACUGGGCCUGAAAGACAGAAACCAGUCCGAUGUUUGUGAAGAGCUGAAACAGAUUAUUGGAAAGGUUUUGUCUGAAUCACGUACAUCCUUCCAGCUUGAAUCGAUAGCAAGGGUCUCCGGAGUCAAAGUGGAUGAAAAUGACCCAGUCUGCCAAAAAGGAAAAUCUGCUGCCAUGGAAAUAUCAAAGCUGACUCAGGGAAUGGAUGUUUCCAGGAUCAAAGAUGAUCUUCUUCCUUGUCAAGGCCAUCUUUGGCAUGAGUGGUCCAGAAUAAACAAAGAACUGUAUCACCUCAAAGGAAGCGCUGAGGAAGAAAAGAGUCAGAAGGAAAAUCGUCUGAAGAAGCUGCGGGAGGAACAACGUGCUGUUUCCUGUAGUAAACUGAUGGAGUCAAUCACUAAAAACCUCAUGAGUUUGCCAACACAAGUCAAAGCUUUUUACCUAAAAUGGACUCAGAUCCAAAUAGAUGCUCUUUCCACAGAUGAUCUCUCUUUCAUUCUCCAAAAAUAUGAUCAAAAGUGGUCCGAGGUCCUGGCUUUAAAAAACAAGCAUGACAAGUCAGCUCUGUUAAAGAAAAAGCAAACUGAGCUUGAAGAGUUGUCAAAAGACCUUCAAUCAGCAACGUUUGGUUUGGAGCACAUCUUCAGAGAGAUGGGACAGAUCUAUGAAGCUCACGAAUCUCAGGAGAAACAAACACGGAUGUCAAAGACUGAAUGGAAUAAAUACCCUGAACUGGCUGCAGAUCUGAUGAUAUCAGGACACCCGAUGGAGCUGAUGGAUGGAGAUGCAGGUCACGUGCCUUUAACGUGGAUCUCUAGUGUUUUACAGGAAGUCAUCAACAAACUGGGAGACCAGAGAGUUUUCGUCUUGUCAGUUUUGGGAGUACAAAGCAGUGGAAAGUCCACAAUGCUGAAUGCCAUGUUUGGGUUGCAGUUUGCAGUGAGUGCUGGCAGGUGCACCAGGGGCGCCUACAUGCAGCUGGUCAAACUGUCAGAGGAAAUCAAGGAAGACUUCAAGUUUGACUACAUUCUAGUUGUGGACACUGAAGGACUUCGUGCUCUUGAGCUGGAAGGUGACACCACUCUUAAACACGACAAUGAACUGGCAACGUUUGUUGUUGGUCUGGGAAACUUGACACUGAUCAACAUCUUUGGUGAGAAUCCAGCUGAGAUGCAAGAUGUCCUGCAGAUUGUUGUUCAGGCUUUCAUGAGGAUGAAGAAAGUGAACCUUUCUCCAAGUUGUGUGUUUGUUCACCAGAAUGUUACAAGUAUUGCAGCUGCAGAGAAAAACAUGGACGGAAGGAGACGGUUGCAGGAAAAACUGGACAAGAUGGCUCAACUAGCUGCCAAAGAGGAGGUGUGUGAUGCUGAGUGCUUCAAUGAUGUCAUUAAAUUUGAUAUUCAAAAAGAUGUGAAAUACUUUGCCCAGCUGUGGAAGGGAAGUCCACCAAUGGCUCCUGUAAAUCCAGAUUACAGUGAGAGUGUCCAAGAACUGAAGAACUUCAUCCUGUCCAAAGCUUCAGCAUCUGCUGGGAUCACUCUCUCACAUUUCAGAAACAAAGUCAAGGACCUGUGGACCGCCCUGAUGAACGAACACUUUGUGUUUAGUUUCAAAAAUGCACAAGAAAUUGCAGCGUACAGAAGACUUGAGGUCCAGUAUGGGAACUGGACCUGGGACCUGAGGACCGAGAUGCUCACCAUUGAGAAUCAGAUUUAUCCCAAAAUUGAAAAGGGACAAAUUGACAAGGUUGAACACAAUUAUCUUUCAAAAGAAAUGAGCAAAAGAUUUGGUGAAAUAACCAAAAACAUGGCUGUCUUCUUUGACAAUGAUGAACACAAAGAAAUCCUGGCUCAGUGGCGAGACCGAUUUAAAAUUAAAAUAAAGGAGUUUCAUGACGAGCAUGUGAGUGGAGUCAAAAGAAAACUGGAUGAAGUUAUCCAGCAGAAUGAAGCUCGGAAAAAUCUUGAUAAGAAGACGACAGAAUAUGAGAACAAGCUGCUGCAGAAGAGCAAAGAGCUCGCUCAGCGGUUGAAACACAAGGCAAAAGAUGAAAAAGAACUGAAACAACAGUUUGACUCAGUUUGGGGAGGCUGGGUAACUGAAUUUGCUAAAGGUACAAAACCCAUUGAGGACAUCAACUUGGAAGCAGAUCAGAAACAUGUUCUUCUGGAGCUUGGAUUUGAAUGGUCCCUCAUUGAUGAGUCAAAAAAGAAUGGGAGAUAUAAAAAGCUGUCAGAAGUUGGGAAUUACUGUAAUUAUAUAACCCACGCGAAAUCCCAUGAUUAUGAAAAUCAACAGUCGGAAGAUGAUAAAAGAACAACAGACAAAAAACAAAAAGCCAAGAAAUCCAAACAUGAGGAGACAAAAACCGAGGACACAAGCUACGGGAAAAAAAUUAAAGAGGCCUGGAAUUAUACCAAAGAAAAAUGGGAGGCGGUGCAAAAAGUCUUCACAACAGAACCAAAAGUAGGAUUUGAAGAACAGCAACUGAUCAGAUCCCUCAUUGAUGAUGUUGAACAGAAGACCCUGGAGUACAUUCAGAGUAAGCCUGUAGCAACUCAAGGCUAUAGUUCAGCUUAUCUGCAAAAAAUGGCCCACAAUGUUAAACAGGCAGUGACAGAAUUUAAUGCAGAGAAGAAAUUUCAACUCAAGAAGGAGUUUACAGUGGAUCUGUCUCUUUAUGUAUUUGACCAGGCAGAAAGCUGCAUUUUAAAAUCUCACAAGACAUACAUAGAAAAAAACGAUGCUCUGACCUAUUUGGACAGCAAGAAAAAGGGAUAUUACAACAUUUUCAGGAGUUACUGCAGAGGAAACUCAUCCGCUGUGGUGUUUGCAGAAAUGAUCUGUGAAAGACUGAAGGUUUCUGCUGUUGAGGCCGUCUGUAACACGACUGCCAUCCAUCUUGCUGGAGAUAUGAGAUCUAACUUCCCAGCAUUCAAUGAAAACAGACUGGCCCUGGAGAAAUAUGUGUUGAAGUCACUAGCAGAGAAAGAAGACUUCAGUAAGUUCAUCACCUACAUCACAAAUCCAAGGAAACAAGUGGAGGAUUUCAUAAAACAAGAAGUAAAGAAAUACAUCUUCACAGAGCACAAAGAUAACUCCCUGAAAAAACUCCAGAAGAAUGUGGAUGACAUUGAUAAACUUGUCAGUCAAGCUUUAUUUCAAGGAACAGAGCAAGUCAAGACCAAGAAAGGAGAUGUAGAAAUGUGGGUGGAGGAAUUUUCCAGAUUACUGGACAAUAAACUGACACUUGAUACCAUCAGUUGUGAAAACUUCAGUGACAUCAACGAUUUUGACUUUCUUAAAGAAGAGACCGAGAAAGCUCUUAAAUCCAUCAUCAAGGAGAUGAAGCACCUCUCUCUGGAGAAAGUGACAGAGUUCAGACAGAAACCUGAUGAAAUCCUCAUUGAACAGCUGUGUAACUGCUGCUGGGAACGUUGUCCCUUCUGUGCAGCUGUUUGCACCGCCACAGUCGCAGACCACAUUAAGGACAAAGAAAAGGACAAACACAGUGCACCUUUUCAUCGACCUAGGGGGGUUGACGGUGGGUCCUUCAGAGGCACAGUGGAUCUGGUCAUUGAUUUCUGCACCACAUUAGUUGUGAGUGACCAAAGUUUCUACCCCAGACAUGAUUCAGAUGAGACUGUUCCUUAUAAACAGUUUCAAACUGCAGGGGAGAGGUUUGCAUCAUGGAGGAUUACUGCUGAUGAAUCCAAGCUGACAUACUGGAAAUGGUUUGUGUGUCACUUUCAGAAGAACCUGGAAGACCGCUAUAAGAUGAAAUUCCAGGGUGAAGGAGAAAUUCCUGGUGAAUGGAGAAACUGCAGUAAAGAGGAAGCUAUUGAAAGUCUUGAUGAAAUGUUCAGGUUGUGAGGAAACUGCAUGUGUGAUUAAAAAAAAGAAGAAAAAGGAUCUAAUACAUGUCUUUCACUUUUAAACUUCUUAGAUUUGUCUGCUUAGUCUGAACAAACACAAAUACUAAAGAAACGUCUCCAAAGAAAAGAGCAGUUAAUUACUUACAGGAAAAUUAAUGUUGGCCAUGACUUUUUAUUUCUUUAUUCUGUUCUCUUUUAGCUUUAUUUCAACAUGAAAAUGUGAUCAAGCAUGGCAUUUAGAUUGUAGCUUUGUUGGGGUGUGAAAUAAAUAAUGAAUAGUUCAGAAUACUGAGAAAAUGUUGAAAAUGUCUCUGCUAAAAUAACUGUCAGAUUUUACGUCAUGUUUCUAGUUGCAUCUGUCUGAUUACAUGACUUCAGAAAAGAUCACAUUAAUUAGAAAUUGUGUUUUUCAUCAGCUUAAUUAAAGAAACCUGUGAUUGAGCUGCACCAAGCUUUUUUGAUGUUCAUACAGUUUCCAUGUUUCCAGUUUGUAUUUUUGUUUUUAAACAACUUUUCCAAUUAACUGAGUUUUAACAUUUGGUUCUUAAAAAUUGAUUCAUGUUCUCAAGUUAUUGUUAUAUUCAGUUGUCCAGUUCUUCGUUUAAAUAUGCAUGUUUCCUUUGUCUUAUUA